AUUUAUUUAUUUUUAAUCCAAUGUUCAGAAUUACAACUUAGGCCUUGUACAAUCAAUAAGCCAGAAAAUUAGUUAAUCGAUUCUGUGUGGUGUCAAAAAAUAAACCAGAAGCUGGUCCUUCUUAAGGACAUUUGACAGACAAAUAUACAGUGAUAGAUCACACAUAUGAUGCAGUUGUUGUAGGAGCAGGUGGUGCAGGUUUAAGAGCAGCAUUUGGUUUGGUUGAGCUUGGGUUCAAGACUGCUUGCAUUUCAAAGUUGUUUCCCACUAGAUCUCAUACAGUGGCUGCUCAAGGAGGUAUUAAUGCAGCAUUGGGAAACAUGACAGAAGAUGAUUGGAGAUGGCAUGCAUACGAUACAAUAAAGGGAUCAGAUUGGUUGGGAGACCAAGAUGCCAUUACUUAUAUGUGUAAGGAGGCUCCAAAGGCAGUUUACGAAUUGGAAAGUUAUGGUUUGCCAUUUUCAAGAACUCCAGAGGGCAAGAUUUAUUAAAGAGCAUUUGGAGGACAGAGUUUGAAAUUCGGAACAGGAGGACAAGCUUAUAGAUGUUGUGCAGUAGCAGAUAGAACAGGACAUGCUAUGUUACACACUUUGUUUGGAAGAGCCUUGGGAUAUGACUGUAUUUUCUUUGUUGAGUAUUUCGCUCUUGAUUUGAUGAUGGAUGAUCAAGGAGCUUGCAGAGGAGUUGUUUGUAUGUCGAUGGCAGAUGGAUCGAUCCAUAGGAUUAGAGCAGGAUACACAGUUAAUAGCAACAGGUGGAUAUGGGAGAGCAUUUCAAUCAUGUACAUCUGCCCAUACCUGCACAGGUGA